UUUUUGCAAGACUGGACUUUGGGGUGUACUUUGUAAUGAAACCUGUAGCCAUGCUUAUUUGCACUUGGACUGUAAUAUGAACGAUAGAAAGUGCAGCAGCUGCAAGAGUGGACUUUGGGGCGAAUUUUGUCAGAAAACUUGCGGUCUAUGUUGUUCAUAUUCAACGUGUAGAAAAAGUGACGGAUAUUGUAGUUCCUGCAAAAGCGGUUCUUGGGGUGACAUUUGUAACAAGGCAUGCAGCCAAAAUUGUUCAAGCUGUAGUAAGAAAACUGGUUUAUGCAUUGCAUGCAAUCCUGGAUUGUGGGGAUCAUCACGCGUAAAUGAAUGUAAUCAGUCAUGUGUCUCUUCUGAAUGUGAUACUGUGUCCGGCGAAUGUAAGAACUGUUCUAAGGCUUCAACAGAAAUGGGCAACUAUCCAUCCACAUCAACAAUGACACGAGAUCCAAUGUACAUUAGUGUUACUGAAUAUAAUCUAAGUGAACUACUAUCCACUGAUUCAGGCCUAAGUGAACUACCAUCAGAUCAUUGGGAAGACAUUUGGGUUGUGACAGACGCAACGAUGAAGAUACAAGUGCGCUAUAUGUUCUUACUUUUGGCUUUAUACAUUUGCGUUAAAUAUGCUGACAGCGCAUGUCUAAAUGGUUACUGGGGAACUGACUGUAAGGAAGUGUGUGAGGUAAAUUGCAAUCGGUGUGAUGAGUCAACUGGUGUAUGCGGUUCUUGUAGAACCGGCUUUUGGGGUGACUACUGUAAUAGAAAAUGUCCAGAAAACUGUAGCUCUUCUUCAUGCAGUAAAUAUGACGGAAGUUGUUACUCAUGUUCUGACGGUUGGUAUGGGUCAACGUGCAACAAUGCGUGUAAUAUAAAUUGCAGGAACUGUCAUAAAACGACUGGCGAAUGCACAAUAUGUCAUAUUGGAAGGUGGGGAGAAUUCUGUAACUUCACAUGCGCUCCAAACUGCAAAAUAUGUGACAAAUUAGCAGGUGAGUGUAAGACAUAUAAAAACGGAUACUGGAAUAUUUCUUGUGACGAAAGAUGUUCUGCUUCGAAUUGUGAUAUUUGUAGUAUCACAUCAGGAGAAUGUCAGGCUUGUAAAUCCGGACUUUGGGAAGAAAACUGUCAGAAAAUUUGUGGCAAGUGUAAGUCAGAUAAGUGCAGUAAAAUUGAUGGACGAUGUACAUCAUGUCAAUCAGGAUUUGCUGGGCUUAACUGCUCAAUACCUUGUAAUGCUAAUAAUUGCAGUUCGUCCUCGUGUAGUGUAAAUUAUAGGUGCUAUGCAUGUCAGUCUGGAUACUGGGGGACCUUUUGUGAACAUAAAUGCAGUAAAUAUUGUUCAUCAAGCUGUGAUAAAAGCAGUGGAAAUUGUAGCAGCUGUACUUCCGGUCUCUGGGGAGCUAAUUGUGACAACAAUUGUAUGUACAACUGUUCCUCUUCAAGCUGUAUUAGAUUAAACGGACAAUGUAGUAGUUGCAAAUCUGGACUUUGGGGCGAAUUUUGCCAGAAUACUUGCAGUCAAGGAUGUUCAUAUUCAACGUGUAGAAAAAGUGAUGGAUAUUGCAGUGCUUGCAAAAACAAAUAUUGGGGAGACAAUUGUAACAAGAUAUGCAGCAAAAGUUGCUCAUCAAGCUGUGAUAAAAGCAAUGGUAAUUGUAGCAGCUGCAUUUCCGGUCUCUGGGGAGCUAAUUGUGACAACAAUUGUAUGUACAACUGUUCCUCGUCAAGCUGUAUUAGAUUAAACGGACAAUGUAGUAGUUGCAAAUCUGGACUUUGGGGCGAAUUUUGCCAGAAUACCUGCAGUCAAGGCUGUUCAUAUUCAACGUGUAGAAAAAGUGAUGGAUAUUGCAGUGCUUGCCAGAGCAAAUAUUGGGGAGACAAUUGUAAUAAGAUAUGCAGCAAAAGUUGCUCAUCAAGCUGUGAUAAAAGCAAUGGAAUUUGUAGCAGCUGCACUUCCGGUCUCUGGGGAGCUAAUUGUGACAACAAAUGCAUGUACAAUUGUUCCUCUUCAGGCUGUAUCAGAUUAAACGGACAAUGUAGCAGUUGCACAAAUGGACUUUGGGGCGAAUUUUGCCAGAAUAAUUGCGGUCAAGGUUGCUCUUAUUCAACGUGUAGAAAAGGUGAUGGAUAUUGCAAUUUUUGCAAAAGCAGAUAUUGGGGUGACAUUUGUAACAAGGCAUGCAGCCAAAAUUGUUCAAGCUGUAGUAAGGAAUCUGGUUCAUGCAUUGCAUGCAAUCCUGGAUUGUGGGGACCAUCAUGCGUAAAUGAAUGUAAUCAGUCGUGUUCCUCUUCUGAAUGUGAUACUGUGUCCGGCGAAUGUAAGAAUUGUAAUUUAAAUAGAUGGGGAAUGUUUUGUGAAAAUAAAUGCAGCGCGUCUUGUUCUUGGGGUUGUCACAGACAAACUGGACAUUGCUUAAUUUGUGGAAACAGAUAUUGGGGUCAGGAUUGUUCUUAUAUGUGCAAUAGCUCAAGAUGUGAACAAUGCUCUAUAACGAAUGGAUUAUGUACUAUGUGUCAACAUGGAUUUUGGGGUGAAAACUGUCAGUCUACAUGUAACUCUGAUAAAUGUCUUCAAUGCGAUAGAGCCACUGGUUAUUGCAGUGCAUGUCCACCAGGUCGAUGGGGAUUACUUUGUCAAAAGUUAUGCAGGGAUGAGUGUCCAUGUUGCAAUAUCAAAACCGGAACUUGUACAUUGUCAUGUCCUAGUGUUUCAGAUUCUGACAAAUUAGCACAAGAUGAGACACAAACUGUCACAAUAAUUGUCGUUGCGGUCAUCUGCAUUGUUAUUAUUGCUGUUGCGUUUGGGUUAAAUUGUACUAUAAGACACAUGUAAUAAAGUUAUUUUCUUUCUCCUUGAACAUAAUAGAUUUCUUGAAGAAUUGGGGGCAUCGCGCUCUGACAUUUCGUUAUAUUAUGUAGUCCAAGAUAUUAUGUUUCAAUUUGAAUAAAAUGCUCUUCCAAUAUAGAUAUAAACAUUAUACUAACGCAAAUAUGAACUUUUAAAAAGAUGAAACGAUUUUGUUAGAUUAGACGUUGACCAGUUCAUGUUUAUAAAGGUGUCACGUAAAAAUGUCUGAUCAAAAUUUAAUCAUAAAGACAUGUGUGGUCAUGUUGCGUCAAUUAAAUGACGAUAAGCAAAUAAUUUAACCAAAAAGAUUCAAGCAUGUUAAAGCAUUGUAUUGUUAUUUCAAAGGAGAAAAAUGUUGCAUCUAUGUGUUAAAUUUCAUAAUCAUAAUAUUCCUACAUGUUAAUAACAAAUUCGUUAUUUUAUACUGUAGAUUAAAACGAAGGAAAUUUACGGAGGAACAGGACGGAGCA